GCUCGCCUCACGCCGGCUCAAGAUGGCGGCGGUGCUAGAGAUCCCGGGCCUGUGACUACAAAGAGGGAGCCGGGGGCCGGACGGGAGCGCGGCGGCGGCGGCGGCAGCCGAAGCCCAAGCCGGGCCCCCUCCCCUUGGCCUCCCGCCCCUCCCUCCACCCUCCUCUUCUGCCCGCCCUCCCGCCGGCGGCCCCGCCCCUCCCCCCACCGCCGGACUAGCAUGGUGCGGCGGCCGCGCGCGCUGACAUGGGGGAGAAGCUGGAGCUGAGACUCAAGUCGCCCGUGGGGGCCGAGCCCGCCGUCUACCCCUGGCCGCUGCCGGUCUACGACAAACAUCACGAUGCUGCUCAUGAAAUCAUUGAGACCAUACGAUGGGUCUGUGAGGAAAUUCCUGACCUCAAGCUGGCUAUGGAAAAUUAUGUCCUAAUUGACUAUGAUACCAAAAGCUUUGAAAGUAUGCAGCGGCUAUGUGACAAGUACAACCGGGCUAUCGACAGCAUCCACCAGCUGUGGAAGGGCACUACUCAACCCAUGAAGCUAAACACGCGACCAUCCAAUGGGCUCCUACGGCACAUACUGCAGCAGGUCUACAACCACUCAGUGACUGAUCCUGAGAAACUUAACAAUUAUGAACCCUUCUCCCCGGAAGUAUAUGGGGAGACCUCCUUUGACCUGGUGGCCCAGAUGAUUGAUGAAAUCAAGAUGACUGAGGAUGAUCUGUUUGUGGACCUGGGUAGUGGUGUGGGCCAGGUUGUCCUUCAGGUUGCUGCAGCCACCAACUGCAAACAUCACUAUGGAGUGGAGAAAGCUGACAUCCCAGCCAAGUACGCGGAGACCAUGGACAGAGAGUUCAGGAAGUGGAUGAAAUGGUAUGGAAAAAAGCAUGCAGAAUACACACUGGAACGAGGCGAUUUCCUCUCAGAAGAGUGGAGAGAGCGGAUUGCCAACACAAGUGUUAUAUUUGUGAAUAACUUUGCAUUUGGUCCUGAGGUGGAUCACCAGCUGAAGGAGCGAUUUGCAAACAUGAAGGAAGGUGGCAGAAUUGUGUCCUCAAAACCCUUUGCACCUCUGAACUUCAGAAUAAACAGCAGAAACUUGAGUGACAUUGGUACCAUCAUGCGUGUGGUAGAGCUGUCGCCCCUGAAGGGCUCCGUGUCAUGGACGGGGAAGCCGGUCUCCUACUACUUACAUACCAUUGACCGCACCAUACUUGAAAACUAUUUUUCUAGUCUGAAAAAUCCAAAACUCAGGGAGGAACAAGAGGCAGCUCGGCGCCGACAGCAGCGAGAGAACAAGAGUAAUGCCACCACCCCCACCAAAGUCCCAGAGAGCAAAGCGGCUGGACCCGCCGAAGCCACCGUGGAUUCUGGUGCCGAGGAAGAAAAGGCUGGGGUGGCCACUGUCAAAAAGCCAUCCCCCUCCAAAGCUCGGAAAAAGAAGUUGAACAAGAAAGGGAGGAAAAUGGCUGGCCGGAAGCGUGGACGUCCCAAGAAAAUGAGCACUGCGAACCCCGAACGUAAGCCCAAGAAGAACCAAACUGCACUGGAUCUCUUGAACACUCAGACCACAUCCCAGACUGCGUCCCCCUCUCCCCAAGAUGCUUACAGGUCACCCAACAGCCCAUGCUACCAGCUACCUCCAAGUGCACAGUGGCACUCUCCCACCCCACUGCUGGUGGCACCUACUCCGCCUGCACUGCAGAAGCUGCUAGAGUCCUUCAAGAUCCAGUACCUGCAGUUCCUGGCCUACACGAAGACGCCCCAGUACAAGGCCAACCUGCAACAGCUGCUGGACCAGGAGAAGGAGAAGAACACGCAGUUGCUGGGCACAGCACAGCAGCUCUUGGGUCACUGCCAGGCCCAGAAAGAAGAGAUCCGGCGACUCUUCCAGCAGAAACUGGACGAGCUGGGAGUGAAGGCGCUGACCUACAACGAUCUAAUCCAGGCUCAGAAGGAGAUCUCUGCUCACAACCAGCAGCUGCGGGAGCAGUCAGAGCAGCUGGAGAGAGACAACCUUGAACUUCGGAGCCAGAGUCUGCAGCUGCUCAGGGCCCGGUGUGAGGAGCUAAAGCUGGACUGGGCCACACUGUCCUUGGAGAACCUUCGGAAAGAGAAGCAGGCCCUGCGGAGCCAGAUCUCUGAGAAGCAGCGGCACUGCCUGGAGCUGCAGAUCAGCAUCGUGGAAUUGGAGAAGAGCCAGCGGCAGCAGGAGCUCCUGCAGCUGAAGUCCUACGUGCCACCUGAUGAUGCCCUGUCCAUGCAUUUGCGAGGGAAGGGUGCCCUGGGCCGUGAGCUGGAAGCUGAUGCUGGCCGGCUGCACCUUGAGCUGGACUGUGCCAAGUUCUCCCUGCCUAACUUUAGUAGCAUGAGCCCGGAGCUCUCUAUGAAUGGUCACACGGCCAGUUAUGAGCUCUGCAGUGCUCUGAGCCGGCCGUCAUCCAAGCAGAACACCCCCCAGUACCUGGCUUCUCCCUUGGACCAGGAGGUCGUGCCCUGUACCCCCAACCACAGUGGUCGGCCACGGCUGGAGAAGCUCUCUGGUCUGGCCUUGCCUGACUAUACUCGGCUCUCCCCUGCCAAGAUUGUACUGAGGAGGCAUCUGGGUCAGGACCAUCCUGCAGCUGGCAAGGCAGCUACCAGUGAACCACACCCACGAGCUGAGCAUGCCAAGGAAAACAGCCUUCCCUACCAGAGCCCGGGCUUGUCAAACAGCAUGAAGCUGAGCCCCCAGGACCCGAGGCCUCCCUCCCCUGGGGCAUUGCCCUUGGCAGGAGAAAAGAGCAAUGAGAAGGGUGUGAAGGAGCGCUCCUAUGGCAGCCAGGGGGAGACCAUCACUAGCCUGCCGAUCAGCAUCCCACUCAGCACGGUGCAGCCCAACAAGCUCCCCGUCAGCAUCCCUCUGGCCAGUGUGGUGCUGCCCAGUCGAGCAGAGAGGGUGAGGAGCACCCCAAGUCCUGUGCCGCAGCCUCGAGACUCCUCAUCUACACUUGAGAAGCAGAUUGGUGCUAAUGCCCAUGUUGCUGGGGGCAGUACUGCAGGGAGCAGGAGCCUCACUUUGGCAUCCACAGGCUUCUAUACCGGGUCGGUGGCCAUCAGUGGGGCCCUGGCUAGCAGCCCAGCACAACUGGCCUCCGGAGCUGAGUCAGCUGCCUUUGAUGAGUCCUCCAGUUCGGGGAGCCUCUUCACCAUGGUGGGGUCCCGCAGUGCAACACCACAGCAUCCUCCUCUACUGACACAGCCCCGGAACUCUGGCCCCACUUCUCCAAUCCCCCAGCUCUCUGCCAGUCCCCGGUUCAGUGGUGUCACUCAGGGCCUGCUGCCUGAUGCUGGCAAGGGAGACCUGCCUUCCGAUUCUGGCUUCUCGGACCCGGAGAAUGAGGCAAAGAGGAGAAUUGUGUUCACUAUCUCAGCUGGCACAGGCAGCACCAAGCAGUCACCUUCCACCAAGCAUAGCCCCCUGGCAGCAAGUGCCCGUGGGGACUGUGGGCAGAGCCAUGGGCAGGAUAGCCGAAAGCGUGGCAGAAGGAAGCGUGCAUCAGCUGGAACCCCCAGCCUGAGUGCAGGCGUGUCCCCCAAGCGCAGGGCCCUGCCUACUGUUGCUGGCCUCUUCACACAGUCCUCAGGGUCCCCCCUCAACCUCAACUCCAUGGUCAGCAACAUCAACCAGCCCUUGGAAAUUACAGCCAUCUCAUCCCCCGAGAAUUCUCUGAAGAGCUCCCCUGUCCCUUACCAUGACCAUGACCAGCCCCCUGUGCUCAAAAAGGAACGACCGCUGAGCCAGUCCAAUGGGGCCCACUAUUCCCCGCUGACCUCAGAUGAGGAACCCGGCUCUGAGGAUGAGCCCAGCAGUACCCGAAUUGAGAGAAAAAUUGCAACAAUCUCCUUAGAAAGCAAGUCUCCCCCGAAGACCUUGGAUAAUGGUGGCAGCUUGGUGGGGAGGAAACUGGCACCUGCAAGUGAGCCCGUCAACAGUAGCAAGUGGAAAUCUACCUUUUCACCCAUCUCCGACAUCAGCCUGGCCAAGUCUACAGACAGCCCACUGCAAGCUAGCUCCACCCUGAGCCAGAACUCCUUGUUUUCGUUCCGGCCAGCCCUGGAAGAAGCCUCGGCAGCUGAGGCCAAGCUCACUGGACAUCAAAGGAAAAGCUUUCCCAGCUCCCUAUUGGGUGCUGAUGGACUCAGUCCAGGUGCCAACCCCCCCAAUGGCCUGGCCUUCAGCGGGGGCCUGGCUGCAGACCUCAGUUUACACGGCUUCAAUGACGGUGCUUCCCUUUCCCACAAAGUCCCUGAGGCAGCCAGCCUGAGCACCCCACUUAACUUUCCUUCACAGCGGGGCAAGGAGGGCACCUCAGAGGCCAACCCCUUUCUCAGCAAGCGGCAGCUGGAUGGCCUGGGCGGCCUGAAGGGUGAGAACAGUGCCGGCAAGGAGGUGGGCGAGCUGGGCCUGCCCCUGUGCGGUCCCGCGGACAAAGCAGCUCUGCCACACAGCAGCAGGGCUAACAAGGGCCGGGACCGUGAGCUUGACUUCAAGAGCGGCCACAACCUUUUCAUCUCUGCUGCGGCGGUGCCUCCCAGUGGCCUCCUUGGUGGCUCUGGCCUCCCCACAGCGGCCUCCUCUGCAGGCAGCACAGCCCCCACCACCCAGACACACCGCCCCUUCCUGAGCACCUUCACGCCCGGGCCGCAGUUCACCCUGGGCCCUAUGUCCCUGCAGGCCAAUCUCAGCUCCGUGGCCGGCUCGUCCGUGCUGCAGUCCUUGUUCAGUUCUGUGCCAGCUGCUGCAGGCCUGGUGCAUGUGUCAUCUGCUGCAACCAGACUGACCAACUCCCACGCCAUGGGCAGCUUCUCCUCCGGGGUGGCCGGUGGAACUGUCGGAGGUGUCUUUAGCCACACGGUGCCCUCCGCCUCUGCUCAUCCAUUUGGAGUCAGUGUCAGCAGCGGGGCUGUGUGUAGCAGUGCCACGCUGGGCCCGAGCCCGCUGCAGGCAGUGGCCAGCACCUCGGCCUCUUCCUUUCAGGCCGCGGCCUCCGUGGAGACUCGGCCGCCCCCUCCGCCCCCACCUCCCCUGCUUCCUCCUCAGCACCUGGGCCGGGCCCCUACGGGGCCGCCUGUCCUCCGUGCCCCCCCUCCACCUAAUGUCGCCUUGCCUCCUCCCCCUGCGCUGCUGGCCUCUAACUCCGAACCCUCGCUCCUGCAGAACCUUGCUUCCCUCCCAGCUAACAAAGCUUUCUUACCUCCCUCCUCUGCCGCCUCUCUGCAGCCUGCUAACGCCACUCUGUCUGUCAAGCUCGCCUCCCUCCCACACAAGGUCUCCCAUUCCUCUUUCACGGUGCACCACCAGCCCAUGCCCCGGCUGGCCCUGGCACAGACAGCACCCGCCGUCCCGCAGGCCAGCUCUGUGGGUCCAUCUGCUGUAUGGGUUUCCCUUGGCAUGCCGCCUCCCUAUGCCGCGCACCUUUCGGGGGUUAAGCCCCGAUAAAGACCUUGCUUAGCUAGCAGUUCAUAUUCUGUAAGGUAACUAGGACUUCUACCUCAACCGCGCGACCUAUGCAAGGACGGUGUGGACCAACGCCUGCUGCCUGGUGCUGCCAGCUUGCUGGGCUCCACCCAGAGGGCGGAGACAGGAGAGGACAGGAGCUCCACUGUGAAUCGGUGGCACCCGCAGGAGGUGCUGGGGCUGGUCCAGUUUGUACUGUCGAUAGUUUUAGAUAAAGUAUUUAUCAUUUUUAAAAAAAAAGUAUAAACAAUUCUGACUUAUUUUAUUCCAUCUAAGUCGUUAAAGGCAACCUAUUGAGAAAUGUCUAUAUAAGAGAGAAUCUAUAUAAAGACUCGAACUUGCAGGGCUGGCCCACCAGCGGAGACGCCGACUGCCUGCCUGCUCCGGUGCUAUCUCACCACCAGGCCUGCGCCAGCCUCCACCUCGGUGCUGCCCUGGACAUUGACCAACGCCAAAACCAGUUCUCAGAAGCGCCGGCUGCGUGUUAACUGUACCAAAGGCAUGCCCGACUCUGGGGUUUUUCAUAGGGUCCUUCAGAGGAUGCUAGAGCUUACCUUCAGACCUCCCAAUCCUGCGCCCCUCUGUCAACCUUGCCCCGUCACUGUGAAUGCUCCAGCUGGUAACUGGCUGGCUAGGGCUGUGCCUUUGGCAUAUGAGCAGGGCUGGCAGGUGCUGGGGUGGACUGGGUCCUUGGUUCUGUGCAGCAGGCGGCAGUUCCAGCUGUUCUGAGUGGUGCUCGACACAUGGCUUUGUACUUGAUUCCUCGAGGCUGGUUUGGCUUGUGUGACAAGUGCAUUUACUUUUGUAUUCCUUUGCUUAUUCUGACUUGUGGCAAGCUGGCCGGGUGACAUAGGGCAGGCCCGCCGUGGGUUCCUUGGUGUUUUGUGUAUAGGAGAGAGUCACACUGAUGAGUGGCAGUAUUUUAUAGAGAUGUGAUGAAAAUUUAUAAAUUUAAUAGACUUGACUGCAUUUAUUUUUAGAUUAUAUAAUGCACAAUGAACUUAAAAAGGAAAGUGAAGGGGGGGAAAUCUAUUUAUUCAAAGGCACAAAAAUGGUACCUGCCCCAUGCAGGGCUGGGGACCCUGCAGUAAACAUGGCCCAUUGUGUCCUCUGGUCAGCUCCAGCUUGCCACUGUGUCCACACACAUUCCUAUACCUGCUGUGGGUGCUUCCAGCUUGGCAUCCUCCACCCCCAAAGCUGGCAUCUUCAGCCCAGGGGCAGAUGCCUUGGAUGUUGACAGACUGGCCAGAGCACAGCAAGAGCAGGACUUCCUGGGCUUGCAUUAUAAGCUUUCCCUGGUUUUGACCUAGAUCUGACUUGGAAGCCUGAGCUUUGGCUUCCAGUUGGGAAGAGCUGAGGGAAGGCCUAGAAGCAGCUGGCCCAUCCCUACACCCAGCCCUAGGCAGGGGGUCCCCUAAGGAAGCCCCAACCCCACCCUAACUGGAGCCCUGAAGAUGGUGCUGGUGACUCCUUUCCUCCUCCCCUUUCAGUGUUGGUGCUCUUCUGCUGGGCCUAUAGGUGCUGUGCCUCAUUCCCCUGGACCCUGGGGGUAGGGUGGGGAGAAGGGCCUCCUAGGGCACUUCAGGUUGAUAGUAGCAAAGCUGGCACGUAAUUCCUGGUUUGGGAAAAAAACACUCUUUAACAUUUGUAUGUUCCUGCCUGCCUGCCCACCCAGCAGCCACAGCUUGGUGCACUUUGGGCCAUGCUACUGCGUGGAUUCCUGCUGACAGGCCAUAUUUAAACAUCCGUCCUGUGACCUGAUCUAGACAUACUUGAGUACUGGGAAACAAAAAUACUAAUUUUGGGGGGCCUGUGCCCAGUACAGUCCAGUGAGUGCUGGGUGGCAUUGUACCCAGCACAAAUACAAGUCCCCACAAGCUCCUAGAGGGACAGACACCCACAUGUGAACUGGCUGUUGGUGUCAACAGGCCCCUUGCUCCCUGCACAGAUACCCACUGAUUUAAGUGUUUUCCUAGUAACUGGGUGUGGGACAGGUAACAUUGUGUUGGAGUCUGACGUUAUUCUGGUGGUCCAGGCCAUUCGGAUUGAGGACAUGCUGCUGUGAACCUAGAAGCCCAGGAACAGAUCAAGAAACUAUAGGAAUUAGGACAAUAUAUCCCCACUCACAGAACUGGGAGGCACUCUGCUAGUCAGCAGGAACUGGCUCUCAUGUCUUUUAUGCUAGCUCAUGGGUGAAGACUAAGACUUAUCCCCUCACUCCUGUCUCCUCCCCGCUCCCCCCCCCCCCCACAAGUCCAGUAAUACACAGCAUUCCUCUUUCUGGGCCUUCAUCUGUAACUCAGCACAGCUCUGCUUCCUGUAGUGAGCUCUGUACUUAACGGGUGUCCCACUGCAUUGUUUUUGCCUCUAGGCACUGUAAUAAAAUCAAUCUUCACUUGAA